AUGCUUCGCAAUCUCUCACUUGCUGCUCGGAGUGUUCUUUAUAACCCACAAACAGCCGCCCGUUCCUUUUCGUCACAAACUGACUUCGAGCAAGCCCAAAAAAAGCUGAAAACAUUGAAAGAAGAACCAGAUAAUGAUGUCAAACUCCAGUUAUAUGGUCUCUUCAAACAAGCAACUGCCGGUGAUGUUCAGGGAAAGCGCCCAGGCAUGAUCGAUUUUGUGGGUCGUGCUAAGUUUGAUGCUUGGAAUAGUUUGAAAGGAAAAACACAGGAUGAAGCUCGCGUUAAUUACGCUAAACUUGUUGGAGGACUUGUCUCUGAAGAAGCCGCAUCUACUCCCGAGUCGACUGGACCUUCGGUUGAAGGAUUAGAGAAUGUGGAUGGAUUGACUGUGUCGAAGGAAGGAAAAAUCUUCAAAAUUACUCUAAACAGGCCAAAAAAGUUUAACGCAUUGACUCUCGACAUGUACAAAGGAAUCCAAAAAGCGUUGGAGGUAUCUAAUAAUGACAAGUCGACUUCAAUUACAGUCAUUGCUGCCAAUGGACCAUAUUUCUGUUCUGGAAACGAUUUGACUAACUUUAAAGCCGCUGCGGGAGGAACCAAAGAACAGGUCGCAGAAAUGGCAAACACUGCCAAAGUUGUUCUCCAUGACUACGUUGAUGCGUAUAUCAAACACGAAAAACCGCUUAUCGGUUUGAUCAACGGACCAGCUGUAGGAAUUGCUGUGACAGUUCUUGGAAUGUUUGACUAUGUAAUCGCUACUGACAAAUCCUCCUUCCAUACACCAUUCGCCCCACUUGGACAAUCUCCAGAAGGAGCAUCAAGCUAUACAUUCCCACUCAUUAUGGGAUCGUUGAGAGCUUCUGAACUUCUUCUAGUUUGUAAGAAAAUCUCAGCUCAAACUGCAAAAGAUUAUGGACUCAUCAACGAAGUUGUACCAGACAAUGAAUUCCUAACACAGUCGCAGAAGGCUGCCGAAUUAUUCUCCCAACUUCCACCAGAGAGUCUUCGUAUCAACAAGACAUUGCUUCGUUCAUUCCAUAAAGAUCAACUCCUGAAAGUCAACGAUAUCGAAUGCGACUUGAUUGCAGAGCGCUGGCAAUCAAAAGAAUGUCAUCAAGCUAUUGCCGCCUUCAUCACGAAAGGAGCGAAAAAGUAA